AUGGAUGCCGACCUUGUGGGAACGCCUUUUAUCCGAGGUGAUUAUGUGUACUUCCUGUUUCGUGAAGAUUCGCAGGAGUCUGCAAGCUCCAGUGUAGGCCAACCGUAUCCUCUGAACACCAUCCGGAGUAGAAUUGCAAGGAUUUGUAAGGAUGAUGCUGGAUCCUCAGACAACCUUGUCAGUUAUUUGAAGCAGCGGCUAUUGUGCUCCAAAAAGUCGAAUGAAGUGUGGGAAACAACACCAUAUGUUUUUGAUGACAUACCAAUGGAGUACAAUGAGAUACAGGACUUUGAAAUCAGAGACACUAGUAAUGGUUCAGACACGCUGAUUUAUGCUAUUUUCACCAAUGAACGGUGAGUUUAUUACUCUCUUUGUGAGUCUACCCCUAAACAAAAUACAAACCAUGUCAUAUUGAUGAUUUGUCAUAACUUAAUCAUAAAUUAAUUCAAGAGACAAACAACCUAUUACAUGUAUAUUAAAGUGUAUAUCUCCUCUUUCUUUUGGUAUAAUUAAGAAGGAAAAGAUUCUUCAUUCACUCACUCAUGAGUGAAUGAAAACAAGUUGAAGAAAAUAUACACAAAAUUCACUUGUUGGGAGGUAUAUGAAUAUCAGAAAGAACAUCAAGUACUGUAAGGGGGGCUUUUUGCAAUUAAUGUACCAAUGAUUGUUAAAGCAAAUGUAUAUAUAUAUAGGCCCAAUAAUCAAUUAUGUGUCUUGUAGUAAAUCUCAAAUUUGCCGGGAGUUGCUGGUUAGCUCUGCUAUGAUUAUGAUGGAUAGCACUGAUCAAAAUCUACCACCAAACAAACUUUCUUACCAGCACUCAUAUCACAUCCACUCAUCCCGCUUGGCACCUCUGAUAAAGACAAAAACAUAUUCCAACAUUAACCUACAGAUUAAAGUAGAAAAUAAAAGUUUAUUGAUUUUCGAUAUGGUCUUAUCAAUGUUACAUAUCAAUACAAAGGGAAUGAUAUGGGGAUUAUUGAUACACCAUCCUCAAAUUAUGAGGAUAAACUGCCGGGCCGAAAGUGAUGAAAUCCCCUUCUGAAAUUGGCCUCAAAUAUGUCUCUGAAAAGAAUUGAUUUUGAUAACGUGUAUAUGGAUAGUGAUUUUCCGUUUAAAAAAAGUGCCUUUUUUGUUUUAAAAAAUCUUAAAUUCUGUUUCAGCAUGUCAGAAAACAGAAAUUCUGUUUCCCCAUAGACUUUGUGUACAUGAAAAAGUGACAAUUCUGUUUACCCAUUGAAUAGCAAUAUCACAACACUUGCGCUGGUCAAAAUUUAACCAUGCAGUAGAAUCCGUUCUAAUCGGAUCUAUGCGGUUACACUAAAUAUUUUGACAAACACAUUUAACAUGAAUACAUCCUCACCUUUCAUAUUAUUAGCAUUAUUUUACGGUUAAAUGAAAAUUUAUCAAUAAUUUGGGGAUUUUGGACAUCGUUUUCAGCAGUCAACGAUUUUCGCCUAUCCGCCAUUUUGGAUUUCAAGACCUCGUUAUCGUGCUGUUACAUCUUUAAAAGUAGAGGGCAGCAACACAAGACCGUGUUGUUGAAAUCAAACGAUGUGUGCAUAUUUGUGAUGGUACAUGUUUUGGAUAAGCUCAACUCCAAGGCAGGGUACAGGCAAGAGGGGUACGAUCGAGUGUGAUGAUGUCAAGUGCAGUCAUGAUGUGUGAAUUGUCAUGAUUGUAGUGAAGUAUGAUCAUGUUUUCUGGGGUUUUGUGGCCAUUUAAUAUUCGUAUUUUGUUUAGAUUUUUCAGUAAUUUCUGUUGCUGUUCUGUGUAUUUUGAGGAAAAAUAUGUUUUCUAUGACUUUCCAUUGAAACGCUUCUUUCCGUUUCAAAAGGCCCUUUCCGUGAAUUCCGUCCGUUUUCCGUGACCGCAGAAAAUCACUGUCCCUACGUGUACUGUUACGAUACUGCAACAAAUAACAAAAAAAAAAUCAAAAUUUAAAACUGGAUUUCCUUUUUUUUAUUACAGG